GUUGCCUGUGGUGUGCCCAUGCGGACGAAGGCUAAGCCUGGAACACAAUGAAUCGACGACGACGACGACGACCCGUCGCGUUCCUCUGCACCGCGUGCGCUACGGCGCGGUCCGUGGUCCAUGAGGCGCCACCACCGGCAGCCGCAGCCCACCGGGCACUGGCAGACUGCCCCUCCGAGACGUACACCAUAGACGGAGUAGGCGGCUGGGAGGACCACUACCCCGGCAGCCAGCAGACCCCGAUCGUGCUGAAGAGCGGCUGCCCCGUGUCCGUCAGUAUCGCGGCUGGCGAGCACGCGUUCCUGCGGGUCAGCGGUUUUAACGAGACGUUCGAGGACCGCCACCCGAGGCUGCAAUGGACGUGGAGUGUAACGGACGGCCCGGUGCCGCUGAUGGGCUACACCUGGUCCUCGCAUUUCUGGCCGGUCUGGCUCGGAGCUGGUAAGGACACUUCGGAGUUUGACUGGUACUGGUGGCCCCAGGACCGGCCAAACGGGGACGUGGUGUUCCCGGAGGGCGAUAGUGAUUUCGACAUUUACCAUUGUUUUGGAGAGUCCGUCGACGGCUACUAUCAAAUGUGCCAGGCCGAAGGGCAGACCUGCGACGAAGGGCAGACCUGCGAGGGCCUGCCGGCGGACUACGACUUGGAUUUUUGCGGCGACGAACAUUGCCAGGAAGACUGUUGCGGCGACAAGGACCUGAGGGAGCGCGGGUGCAACGACGACGACGACGACAGCGGCGGGUGCGGCGACCUGCGCGUGGGGAUCUCCGCCUGGGAGUUUGAUAACGCGACGCAGCUGGAAGUGACCGCGACUCUGAUAUUUCACGAGCCAGUGAACAUCGCCGAGGGCGACCUGGCGGCCCUCAACGAGCUCUGGGACGCGACGUGCGGGCCCUGGUCCAGCGCCAAGGCCCCAGAGGACGGUGGACCAGCGACGGACUGGUGCCGGGGAGAUGACGAGGACGACGACGACGAGUGCGGGCCCUGGGAUUGGGAAGCGUACCAAGCGCUGGCGUCGGCCGACCGGGGCGAGCGCGACUCGCGGCACAAGCCUUAUUGUGAUUGGGACAUCGGGGGCAGCGGGCAGCGGGACUGCAAGGACGUCGGCGGCAUCGUCUGCGAGGAGGGGCGCAUCACGGAGCUGAACUUCGAGGGGCUCGGCCUGCGCGGGGUUAUUACGCCAAAGCUGCUGAACAUCUCGACGUUGAAAAGCGUGAGGUUGGGCAACAACCGUUUAUCAGGCCCCUUGCCUCAAUUCGCAUCCACGAAACUGGAGCGCCUUUUAUUAUCGAACAAUUAUUUUAACGGGACCAUCGGUUGUGACUAUGCGACUCUCAAAGAUUUGGAGUUGGAUAGAAACGACCUCGAGGGCUCGGUGCCCGAGUGUUUGCUGAAUUCCGCUACUCUACAAACGCUGGACCUCGGCCACAACCGCCUCGACGGGCCGCUUCCUGUUGUAACGCAGCCGCACUCGCCGAUGCUGACGUUGCGGCUGCCGCAGGCGGGCCUGAGCGGCUCCCUAAAUAACCUGGCGAAGCUUACUGAAUUGAGACACCUGGAUUUGUCAAGGAACUUCCUGACGGGCACGCUGGACACGGCGCUUGUACAAAGCUGGACGUGGCUCAUGGAUUUGGACCUGAGCUGGAACUAUCUGGAAGGAUCCAUACCAGAAUUCCCUUCUAUAAACACGAAAAAAAUAGACCUGGGCCACAACGCCUUCUCCGGCGAGCUCUUGACCCAAUUCCAGACCUUCGCCGAGAACCAGCGCCACGGCGAGGCCGGCUGGCUGCACCUCGACUCGAACUCGUUUUGCGGGCCGCUGCCCGAGGUCUUAUACGAUCUCCUGUACGACACGCACACCAUAACAAACAUGGACGUCGCGGGCAAUCAUUUUAGAUGCGCCGUGCACAACCGGCACUUCGACGGCUGGGCGCGCGUGACGGGCCACGACUGGGGCGAGUGCACGCCGGUGGCCGUCGUCGCCGCCGCGGCGCCGGUCGAUGGGGUGGCGGUCCCGGGCGCCGAGCUUAUAAUCACGGGCGAGUUCGUGGCGACGACCGAGGCGCGGUGCGCUUUUGUGAAUGGCGCAACGCGCGCCGAGGUCGCGGCUUCGUAUAUUUCCUCGACGGAGCUGCGGUGCAGUUUACCAACCGACUGGCCGCCGGGCCCGACGACGGUCGAGGCCGCCCACUACUGCGACGACUUCUCGAGCGUUCUUGAUGAUUACGUGCCCGUGCACGUGGACGUGUCGGCGGCGCCGACGGCGGCGCCCGUGGCCUCGUCGUCGUCGUCGUCGUCAUCAUCAAACGGCGUCUCGACGGCGGCGCUGGGCGGCGGCGUCGCCGCGGCCGCGGCGGCGUUGGUGAUGUCGGCGGCGCUCGCCUACAUCAUCCGGCGGGAGAUGGCGGGGAAGCCGCUCUUCGUGCCCGCGGCACGCUGGGAGGCGAACCCGAUCGCGGGGCGCGCCGACGACUUUGACAGCGCCAAGGGCGGCGACGUCGAAUUGGAGAUCCGGCACCUCGAGCGGCUCAAAGACGUUGAUCUUGAUGUGGAGGAGCGCAAGGACGACGCCGACGCCGUGCGGUCGCCGCGGCACGCCGUGCUGUCGCCCCGGUCGUCCAGGGAGGGGUUUUCGUAGGGGUUCUUGUCGUCUAGUAUGUCCUUCUAGUUUGCGACGGCUCGACUUCCCCUACAGACGGAUUCUCGAAAAACAUGCUAGUAUGUCGAUGACGCUAGGUGAUUAUCGAUGGAC